UUUAAGGGCAUAUCUUAUGUUUCUAGAGCUACCUAGAUAGGUUCUUGGAUUCAUAUAAUCUUUAUAGAUUUCUAUAUUUGCCAUUUCGUCCAAAUCUUAUUGGCCCUUUCCUGCUCGCUGAGGUUGGCGGAUGUGUCCAGAUCAAUCCGAGACUAGAGACAACUAUAAGGUCCGUUGGGACGACUUAUGGGAUACAUGGAUCGUCCUGAGUUAUGACAAGUACCAUCUCCGCAGAUAUCAGAUAAUGCCAAGCGCGAAUGAGAGAGAGAAAAAUGGAAAUAUAAACCCAAGAAAAAUUCCGUAUGGAGGUCGUUUAUCGAGUCAUUCUAACGACUUGCGGGGAGAGAACUGUUGGCCAUCACUCAUUGCAUAGACUUUUAGUCCUUACCUACAAACGCCAACUCUCACAAAGGGGUCCCCUCUUCCUCCCUUACAUUGUUCCGCCCCUCCCGAGCUCUCUUCUGUCCAUACUUGGUUUUGUUCAUGCUCCAGGUCGUUUUCUGAUCCUGUACGAUAGAAAGAUUCAACGGUUGACAAAAACAAAAUGGCUUCGAAAACCGACUAUGUCUUCCCUCGAGACUUCAUUGACAACACUCGCAUCAACUUGAUGCACCAUAUUUGGACCAAAAUCUUCGGGUACAAUAUCCAUCCAAAGAUCCCCUCCGAGGCUGCGAACCUCAGGAUAGCAGAUGUCGGGACUGGAACUGGAAUCUGGCUUUUUGACGUUCGAGACAAGCUCAAUCAGGCUCAGUUGGAUGGCUUCGAUAUCUCGUUCGAUGCGGCGCCACCAAGCGAGACACUUCCACCCCAAGUAGCCUUCCGGCAUUGGGACGUUAAAAGUGAUGUCCCAGAAGAUCUCGUCGGUGUAUAUGAUAUAAUCAACGUCCGUCACUUCGGCUUUGUCCUCCUUAACGAUGAUAUCCCAAGCGUUGUGGCCAAACUAAUCAGUUUACUAAAGCCUGGCGGCUAUCUUCAAUGGGGAGAGGCCGACAUGGAAACGUUGCGCUUCGACAUAACCAAGCCUGGGAACAAAACUGACAAUCUGGUCGAACUCUUCAAACUCCUGGCUGUCCAGGAUGACCGGCUCAAACCAACUUGGGUCCGUCAUCUCCCCGAGAUAUUCGCGAAAGCUGGAUUCGUGGAUGUCGAGAAGGACAUGCAGGACGCGCUACCUCAUCUGGCUUUCAUUUUCCAUGAAGCCGGCCUUAUGAUACAUGAUCUGAUCGCGCGCAAGACCAAGAACGAGCAUAUGGCUCGUGAGUUGAGGCGUCUUAUUCCCGCUGCUGCCGAGGAGACCAAGCAGGGAGCUUAUGGGACUUCGCUAAGAGUCACAGUGAUUGGAAGGAAGCCGUGAGAGACAUAUCUGAAUGUAGAAGUUAUGAAAAGACAGGCUCAGAGAACCAUAUCGUAAAUCUAAUCUUAUAUCCCGCCCAGUGCGGGUCGCACUUUCUUCUCGCAAUUACCUAUACCAACGCCAGGAGAAUCGGGGCAUGGUUGUCCAAUGAGAGACUUUGGUGUAAUUAACUUCCAAUGUUAAAAAGCAAGAUAAGGG